GAUUGGAAGAUUUUGGGCUCGCAGGAAAAGGCUCCCACCAAGGAGGGAUCUCCAGUAAGAGAUCCUUCCUCGGGGGCAGUCAGCCCUUAAAUGAGGCCUAAGAGGGGUGGAGCCAGGCUUCUGGUCGCACAGGUGAAUUGCCUUCACCUGUGCUCCCAGGGCUGACUGGGUCUUUCCUCCAGGUGCUCAAUCAGUGGUUCAGGCCAUGACUCAGCAGUUCCCAUACACAGACAGAAGCAGAACACAGACCCAGAGGGAACAUGGAGAAGGAAAGAACAUCACACUUACCAAAGAAUGUGAAAGAGAGCAAAAAGGAUGUGCAAUGAUGGCUUUGCAGUGCAGGAGAAUAACACAUAAUUAUGCACAGAGCCCAGAUGAGAGCAGAAGCACUGUGAAAGAAGGGGGAAGCAGCUGCAGCUACAGGAGCUGCCCUGGGCUGGAGCUGGGAAGGCUCUGGCCACAGGAAGAGGCAAGAGGCUGGGUCCCAGCCCCGGGGACGUCCCACAGCCCACAGUCCUCUUUCUCACGGUAAAGCAUCGUGCCAUUUACAUCGAGCCGCAGUGCUGAUGUGGGGAGAAGUCGGGAUAUUCAGGACUAACUGCACUGCACUGUGUAACAAAGGGUGGAAUUUUUUUUUUUUUUUUUUUUUGGAUGAAUACUUUCUUAACAAGCACAAAAAAAGAGCACCUGGAGCACAGGAAGCCAAAACUCUCCCUGCAAGCUCCUGGCUCCAGUUAACUACAAUGGGUAAUUGUGAGAUGUAUGAAAAUGCCUCCAAAUGCAUUGUGAGCUCCAAGAGCAUGGAAUGCUUCAUGGUGCUCAGCACACAAGCACAGAAGAUCAGCAUUGCCACACUUUGUGGCCUCUUUGGGACACUGUGCAUUUUUGAGAACUGUCUGGUGCUGUACCUGAUCUUCUCCUCCCCUGGCAUGAGGAGAAAGCCUUCUUACAUCUUCAUCAGCAGCCUGGCCUUGGCAGACCUCUUGGCCAGCAUCAUCUUUGUAACAAGUUUUGUUAACUUCCAUGUCUUUAAUGAAACCGAUCCCUCUAAAGAAUUGUUCCUGCUGAAGCUUGGAGGGGUGAACACAUCUUUCACGGCUUCCCUGAGCAGCUUGCUGCUAAUGGCCCUGGACCGCUACAUCUCCAUCAGCCGCCCCUCCAAAUACAAGCUGCUUGUGACAAGGAAGAGAGCGUGGAUGGUGCUAGGGGUGCUCUGGGUGAUGUGUGUGGCCACUGCCUCCCUGCCUCUGCUGGGCUGGAACUGCUGUACACUCAACUCGGUCUGUUCCGAGCUGUUCCCGUUUGUGGACAACAACUAUCUGUCCUCUUGGAUCUGUCUUGUCAUGGUCCUGCUGGGGUGUAUAGUCUGCAUUUACACACACGUGUUGUGGAGGGCUCACCAGCACGUGGCAUACAUGGGGAAGCACCAGGAGCAGGUGGGAAAGCAGAAUGCCAGGAUGAGGAUGGACAUCAUGCUGGCCAAGACUCUUGUCAUGGUGCUGACAGUCCUUGUGCUGUGCUGGUUGCCAGCCCUCAUUCUCAUGAUCUACAGCAUCUUUGUAAAUCUGAAUAAUCAUCUGCGCAAGGUGUUUGCUUUCUGCAGCACCCUCUACCUGCUCAAUUCCAUGGUGAACCCCAUUAUUUAUGCCCUGCGGAGCAAGGAGCUGUAUUCCUCCCUGAGGAUGCUCUUGUCCCGGUGCAGGAGGCAGCUGAGUACCUCAAAUGACAUCCCAGAAGCAGAGAGUGUUCACAGGCCCUCCAUGAUAGAGACCGUCUGUGAGGACGUGCGUGUCAUGUAGGGAUGCAGCGCUGGGAAGUCUGAGCUCAGCCAGAGGAAUGAGUCUGGAUCAUUUCUCUUUUGGAUUACUUUUCUUUUCUGUCCUUGUGGAAGUCCUGGGAGGUGACAGAUCACAUCAUGGACUCAGCUGUUACUGAUGUUUUCUUAGACACUGGGACACAAAGUGCCCAGACCUGCACAGACUGCCAGUCCCAGGGCUGCCAAGACCCAGUGCCAUGUCAUAGUGUGCCACACACAAGGCAGAGGAUGAUGCCAUACCUCAGAACAGCAAAUCCUGUCCACUUGCCAGUAACCACCUGACUCUUUUUCUUGCACUCAGUGAUGUCUGCCUCAAAAUAUAACCGAAUUCAAGUGAAGCACUCCACAGACUCUGAGGCUCUCCAGCAGUCCCCAGGCAUCACAAACUGCUGUCCCAUGCCAUUGCUGGGCAUGGGAAGAGUUACACAAGCACUGUCAGCAAAGCUGUAGCUGCAUGUCACUGCGUAGUAACAGUACACGUAUUUAUGCUCGCCUUGCAGACUUACAGAAACUUCAUCUCUGCCACACAUUGUUGGAUGUUACACAAUUAAACAUUAAAGCAAUUUUUCAGCCUUUUCUUCCACUAACCUCUGUCAUGCAGAGUCCUCCAGGACAGAGGUUUAAUAGCAACAAGGGGCAGAUAUCCUGAGCAUGAAGGAGGCAAUAGAUUCUUUUGCAAAUCACACAGAAGCAGCAGCUUUGGCUGCAAAACCUGCAGGCCCUUUGCCAGUGCCCUGAGGGCCACGGCGCUGCCACGGGGCCAAGCCUGCCUGGACUGUCUGGGCAUGGGCGUGAGGCCCGUGGACUCUGCCCUGGCUCAACUGGAACAUGCAGGCACUGCAGCCCAGGAGUGAGGGAUCUCUGGGAGGCUGAAGUGCCAACCCCUCGGGCUUCCCUUUCUCCUCACAGAGUGCAGGCAGCAGUCAGAGACAUGCAGUGGGGCAGAGGUGGAUGGGGAGGGGGAGGGUGUCCUCUGGCCUCGCUGCUGGGCAGGCCACAG